AUGUCAUAUGAGGAUAUAGAACAAAUUACUUCUGCUGUUACUACCAUCAGUACUCUUUCAACUGUUCCUGCUAUUACUACUACAACUAUUGCUAUUAGUAAUACUACUACUACUACUACUACUACUAUCAACGGUCCAACCAUUACUUUUAGUCAGUCGCCUGCUCCGCACGAGGGGAUGGAAGAAGAUUCCAUUAAUAGUAAUGAAGGAGAUCUUGCAGAAGAAGAUCAUGAAGAAGAGGAUGUCACUGAAGAAGCAGGUGUAUCUGAGCAUUCUCGAUCUGCGAAACGAAAAAAAGGGUCCAAAAAAGGACGUUCAAAAAAGAAAAGAGAAGGUAUUAUUGACUCGAAUGCCAACCCGAAUGAAAUUUGCUCAAUGCUUGGCUUGGUUGAUGUUCCAAACAAUUUUACAGAAGAUGACAUCAGUGCCAUAACAUCAGCCAAGGCAUUCGCAUUUCGAGUCAGACCUCAAUUGCAAGCAGCAAAUCCUAAAGCACUUUUUUCAAAACUGCAACAGUUAAUACAAGCAAAAUAUAGAGAGUUUCAGGAAGAAAUGGUUGCUCAGGGAAGACCCAUUGGUUCUGCUAAGAAAUUACGCUCAUUAGCAGCUAGUGGAGAUAAAGUUGUUGCACCUAUCAAAAUUCGAAUAAGUGCCCGCAAAAAACGGCGUAAUGAUGAUGAAGAUGAUGAUACCAAUCAAGAUAGUGAUCAAGAAUUUGAGCACUUAUUAAAAGAACAUGAAAAGCAACUUGAUGAGGAGGAGCGUGAAAAAGAGGAACGUCGAGCAGCUCGAGCUCGAUCUGCUAAGAAAAAAGGAAAGAAAAAGAAAGGCGAGGAUGGAUAUGAGAGAACCGACACUAACGGUAGCUCAUUGCAGACGGAUCAUCAAGAUUACUGUGAAGUUUGUCAACAAGGUGGGGAAAUAAUAUUGUGUGAUACAUGUCCGAAAGCUUACCACCUGGUUUGCUUAGAUCCGGACAUGGAAGAACCUCCGGAGGGGCGAUGGUCUUGUCCUACUUGUGAGAGUGCAGGUGCAACUAGAGAAGAUGAAGAAGAAAAAAAAAUAGCAACGAAUAUGGAGUACUGUCGUACUUGCAAGGAAGGAGGUUGGUUACUGUGUUGUGACACUUGUCCAAGUUCAUAUCAUGCAUAUUGCUUGAACCCUCCAUUGACUGGAAUACCAGAAGGUGACUGGUCAUGUCCACGUUGUGUAUGUCCAGAACCAAAAAAUCGUCCUGAAAAAUGCCUCUCUUGGCGAUGGGUGGAGAUUCCUUAUCCACAGCCGAUGACAGAAGAAGAAAUGAAAGAGUUAGAAAAUCAAGAAAGUGGGCGCAAAAUCGCUUUAAAACCUCCUAAACAACUUCCAAACCGCCGAGAACGUGAACUUUUCAUCAAGUGGAAAUAUAUGAGUUACUGGCAUUGUGAGUGGAUAAAUGAAUUAGUUCUAGAUGUGCACUUCACACAGUUCCUUCGCAUGUACUGGCGAAAAAUGGAUCCAGACACACCUCCUGAAAUAGACGAUGGAAGUCAAGAAGAUUUGCAGACUUGUAAGAUUGAAAAGAAGGAAGAAGAGCAAGAUCCACAUAACCUGGAAGAACGAUUUUACCGCUACGGUAUAAAACCGGAGUGGAUGCAAGUACAGCGCAUCAUCAAUCAUGUGCAGUAUGGCAAAACACAAUUCGAUUAUUUGGUCAAAUGGAGGGAACUAGUUUAUGAACAGGCUACAUGGGAGCGUGACGAUUUUGAAAUUAUGGGUUAUGAAGACGCUAUCAUAAAAUAUUGGAGUCAUAGGCAGCGUAUGAAUGGCGAUGCUGUUCCAAAGCAUGUAGCUAAAAGGAUAGCUGCGAGGAAAGUUGAAGAAUGUAAAGUAAAAGAGGAAGAAGAAGACGACGAUGGCAAAAAAAAGAAAAAGAAAGAACCGAAAACAGAUCUUCGAAAAAAAUAUGAAACACAACCGGAUUUCAUCACCGAAACAGGUGGAAAGUUGCAUGAUUAUCAAUUAGAAGGUAUCAACUGGUUAAGGCACUGUUGGUCACAAGGAACAGAUGCGAUUUUGGCGGACGAGAUGGGUCUUGGGAAAACCAUUCAGUCAAUGGUGUUCCUGUACUCAUUAGUCAAAGAGGGUCAUACACGCGGUCCAUUUCUGGUUGCAGCACCACUUUCAACUUUAAUUAACUGGGAGCGGGAGGCUGAAUUUUGGUGUCCAGAUUUCUAUGUUGUGACUUAUGUGGGCGACAAAGACAGUCGUACUGUAAUUAGGGAGCACGAAUUCUCAUUUAUUGAGGGUGCUGUGCGUGGGGGCACAAAACCUUCUCGUUUGAAAACUGAUCAGGGGAUCAAGUUUCAUGUGUUGCUUACUUCAUAUGAGCUGAUUAAUAUCGACAAGUCCAUUUUAUCAUCAAUUGAAUGGGCUGGCUUAGUCGUCGACGAAGCACAUCGUCUAAAAAAUAAUCAGUCGUUAUUUUUCCGCACUCUGCGUGAUUUUCGAAUUAAUUAUCGUUUACUUCUCACGGGCACUCCAUUGCAGAAUAAUUUAGAAGAGCUAUUUCAUUUGUUGAACUUUCUAUCGCCUGAUAGAUUUUACGAUAUGGAUUCAUUUACUCACGAAUUUGCUGAAAUUUCGAAGGAAGACCAAAUUCAAAAAUUGCAUUCAUUAUUAGGCCCUCAUAUGUUACGUCGUUUGAAAGCUGAUGUAUUGUCAGGCAUGCCGUCUAAAAGUGAACUCAUUGUUCGUGUCGAGCUUUCUCCCAUGCAGAAGAAAUAUUACAAAAAUAUUUUAACACGGAAUUUCGAAGCAUUAAGUCCUAAAGGAGGUGGCUCACAAAUUUCACUCAUCAAUAUCAUCAUGGAUCUUAAAAAAUGUUGCAACCAUCCUUACCUAUUUCCAAAAGCUAGCAUUGAAGCACCAAAACUAAAGAAUGGAAUUUACGAGGGUACUGCACUGGUGAAAGCAUCCGGAAAGUUUAUAUUGCUGCAGAAAAUGCUCAAAAAAUUAAAGGAACAAGGACAUCGAGUACUUAUCUUUUCUCAAAUGACAAAAAUGCUGGAUAUCAUGGAAGAUUUUUGUGAAAAUGAAGGUUAUAAAUAUGAACGUAUCGAUGGCUCAAUCACUGGACAGGCACGGCAGGAUGCAAUUGAUCGGUUCAAUGCUUCAAAUGCUCAGCAGUUUGUUUUCUUACUGUCUACGAGAGCUGGUGGUCUUGGGAUUAAUUUAGCCACUGCAGACACCGUUAUCAUCUAUGACUCGGACUGGAAUCCACACAAUGAUAUUCAAGCUUUUAGCAGAGCUCACCGUAUUGGACAGCAAAAAAAAGUUUUAAUUUAUCGGUUUGUUACUCGUAGUUCAGUUGAGGAAAGAAUCACAUCAGUCGCGAAAAAAAAAAUGCUACUAACUCAUCUUGUUGUUCGUGCUGGAAUUGGACAGAAAGGACCUUCAAUGAGUAAGAGCGAAUUAGAUGAAGUAUUGCGUUGGGGAACCGAAGAACUUUUCAAGGAAGAUGAAACAACGACUUCUGAGGGUGAGCAAGGUGAAAAGAAAGCAAGUGAGCAAGAAAUUAUUUGGGAUGAUGAGGCAGUCGAUGCGUUGUUAGAUCGAUCUGCUGAUGAUCCGAAAGAAAAAUCGGGCGAGAAAAAAGAACACUGGAGUAACGAAUAUCUCUCUUCUUUUAAAGUUGCACAGUAUACUACUCGAGAAGCUGACGAAGAAGAGGUAGAAGAUGAAGACAAGACUGAAGUGAUUAAAGAGGCUGCACAGGAAGCGGAUCCUGAUUACUGGGAAAAGCUCCUUCGUCAUCAUUAUGAACAGGAGCAAGAAACACAGGCACAAAAACUCGGUAAAGGAAAACGUGUUAGAAAGCAGGUCAAUUACGCAUCAGAAAAUAUGCAGCAAGACUGGCAACAGAUGCAUCCAAACAAUGACGAUUUUUCGUCUUCGUAUAGCGGUGAUAGUGGUCGUUCGGACGGAGAAGGAGAAGAUGAUGAAUUCGACAGCAGUCAGCUAGGAAGGAAACGUCAUCGGGAUCGUGGUGAUGAGAAAUUGCCUCCGCUCCUAGCACGCGUGAAUGGGCAGUUAGAGGUUUUGGGUUUUAAUCCCCGACAACGACGAGCAUUUUAUAAUGCCGUUAUGCGGUGGGGCAUGCCUCCACAGGAUACUUAUCAUUCACAGUGGCUCGUGAGGGACUUAAAAGGUAAAUCAGAACGUGCAUUCAAAGCUUAUACUUCGCUAUUCAUGCGACAUUUGUGUGAGCCUGGAGCAGAUUCUCAAGAAUCAUUCAAUGAUGGUGUACCUCGUGAAGGUUUAAAUCGACAGCAUGUUCUAACUCGAAUUGGAAUAAUGUCCUUGAUUAGAAAGAAAGUGCAGGAGUUCGAAUUGACUAAUGGUGAGUGGUCAAUGCCCGAAGUGAGACUGCUAUCAUCGCAAGCUGUUGAGAGUGAAAAGGAAGGUUCAGUGAGUAAAGCUGGUUCAAAAGCAUCGAGCAGAAGUAAUACACCAUCCCUUAAAGAUUGCGUAUCAGGAGAAAGUAUCGAAAGCAAAUUUUGUCCCCAUUGUUGUGGUGAUACAAAAUAUUUACAGUUGGAUUUGAAAAGUGAUAAAGAAACUGGAACGAUUAAAAAAGUGGUGGAUGCUAUUGCCAGACCGAGAAGCGCUCGACCACCAGUAAAAUUUAAUAUUGCUGAUGGUGGUUUCACUGAAUUACAUACACUUUGGUUGAAUGAGGAAAAGGCAGCUGUUCCUGGAAAGGAGUAUGAGAUAUGGCACCGUCGCCAUGAUUACUGGCUUUUAUCCGGAAUCGUGUCAUAUGGUUAUGGACGGUACCAAGAUUUACAGAAUGAUUCACAUUUUGCCAUUGUAAAUGAACCGUUUCGUACCGAACAGGGGAAAGGAAAUUUUCUAGAAAUAAAGAAUAAAUUCUUGCAACGGCGCUUCAAACUGCUCGAACAGGCUCUAGUUAUCGAGGAGCAGUUAAGGCGAGCGGCUUAUUUAAACUUAACUCACUCAAAUACAGAUGGCACACAGCAGUUGAGUGAACGCUUUGCAGAUAUUGAAUGUUUAUUAGAAAGCCAUGUACACUUAUCAAGAGAUGGAUUACUGGGUAAUAAGAAUGCAAACACUGUAUUACAUAAGGUGCUUAACCAGUUGGAGGAACUUUUAUCUGAUAUGAAAGGAGAUGUAUCAAGAUUACCAGCUACCUUAUCUCGUUUACGUCCCGUAACGGAGCGCUUGGGGAUGACUGAGCGAUCUAUACUGAAUCGAUUAACAACACGAGAUCCUGAAGCAAGGUCAGGAAGAAGUCCAUUACCUCCUCCUGGUCCUUUUGUUACUCCUACUCUUGGCCAGAACCUCACUGGAAUACAACCGAAGUUCGCUGUAUUAUUCAAGAAAUCACAUAAGCAUACAAGGAUUUUUGAGAAGUCGAAACAACAAUUAGAGUUUAAAGAGAAGGGGCACAAAGAAAGAGAAACCAGUGAUGAAACUGAUGAAGCAUUUGAAAAACAAGUUGCAAAAAUCGAAGUUAUAGAAGAUAAAGAGCGUGAAAAAGAAAGGAAUGGAGAAACGGAAGAAGAGCCAGUGGAUUGUACGAUAUCUAGCAGUAAAUCCGGUGAUCUUAUGUCUGAACUUAGUGAAAAAGUAGGGUAUACAGCAGUAAAUGAACCAGACCAUAAAAUCCUUUCUUCUACCGAACCUAUGGAAGUUUGA